AUGAUAAUUAUUUCUAGUACCCUUUUCUUUUUCCCUGCGCUUGUCUUUAUUUUAGCGACUAAAAUUGCAGCUAUUACUUACAAUCCUUUGGCUCUCAAUGGUACGGCUGUAGGAAACAUAGAAGACCAAACUGUAGUUUAUUACAACCUCUCUUGGCCAGAGGAACAAGCCAAGACCAUAAACUUGACAUUAUCAACAUGUUCUACAUUUGAAGGUUCUAGCAACUUAUUCCUUUAUGCCUCCAACUAUUCGUUCGACAAUUCGCUUGCUUUAGGAAAUUACUCUUAUUCUUCAGUGGAUCUAGGAUUGGCUUCCUUGUCGGUGACUGGGUAUUCUCCAAUGUUUAUUGCGGUUUCCAGCAGUGACUCUCAAUAUAGCCAAAGUUACAUCGGCAGUAAUCAGGAUAAGACUUCCAACAGUGCGUAUCAAACGCAAUACGAACUAUCUGCAGGAAAUAAUUUUACUUUUACCCAGUAUAAUGCAACGAAGUUUCUUUUUGCUCAAGAUACAGAUUUUCAAGCAGCUUUAUUAAUUACCGGUAAUCUUACGACAAAUGACACGUCCGUAAUUCCAAAUUACCAAAUUUAUGUCAAUCCAACGGACUCUACAUUUAAUAAACAAAUCGGACAGCUAUCGAGAUCUUUCUGUGCUUACCGAGGAAAUCCUUCUACGCUUAAUAUUAACAAUGCUGAUUUGUCGAUGACGGUACGUGGUUUAGGACCUUUUGCCAAAGAACAGUUUUAUUUAAAAGGAUUAUCACCGAAUACUUCGUAUACUGCAUAUAUAGUCAAGCCCAAUAUCGACGCAUCCGGGGGUAUGACCUAUCCCCCUAUAACAUUCACGACAAAGGUGGGAACAACAUGUCAGUUGAUAUAUGAUUUGGAGUUUUGUUCUGAAGUGGCUUAUUCUGUCCCAGGGAACGCUGCGGCCUAUUCAGCUUCAUCAUUAGCCUCUUGGUACAACCAGCAAGCAUUUGGCUAUUACCAAAACUUCACGUAUACGUUGGAUCAGUACCCUUGCAAUGCAACUGCACUUUCCAUUUAUUCUCUCUUGCGUAAUUGCAGUGAUUGCCUGCAGAGUUAUAAGAAUUGGUUAUGUGCCGCCGUCAUUCCCCGUUGUGCAGAUAUAACGGAUAACAGUACUUUUCUUGUCUAUAGGAACAAUAACUCAAGAUAUCCAUUAAUAGACGAAGUCGUUCGGCCCGGUCCAUACAAAGAGGUCCUUCCAUGCGCUCAUCUGUGUUACUCAUUAGCUUCUAGUUGUCCUGUGGAUAUGGGAUUUUCUUGUCCUAGUCCUGGUUUCGGCUUAGAAGAGUCAUACGGUUAUAUCAGCAAUGCUACCGGUGUAAUUGCUUGCAAUGCACCCGGGGUUGAAUUUUAUGAGAGUAUCGCAAGCUUCAUACAAAAACCGUGGUCAUCUUAUGUAAUUCUUUUUCUAAUUUGGUGUUUAGUCCUUUAA